GCCCAGACGGCCGUGAUGGCGCUGGUAGCCCGCGGCCUGUCCUGUGGGCUGGCUUCCCACCCGGCCGCCGCAGGCCGGGGCGCGGUAGUCUUCGUGUGGCUCUUGCUCAGCACCUGGUGCACAGCCCCUGCCAGCGCCAUCCAGGUGACUGUGUCAAACCCCUACCACGUGGUGAUCCUAUUCCAGCCCGUGACCCUGCCCUGCACCUACCAGAUGACCACGACCCCCACAGUACCCAUUGUGAUCUGGAAGUACAAGUCCUUCUGCCGGGACCGCAUCGCUGAUGCCUUCUCCCCAGCCAGUGUUGACAACCAGCUCAAUGCCCAGCUGGCGGCUAGUAACCCAGGCUAUAACCCCUAUGUGGAGUGCCAGGACAGCGUACGCACCGUCAGGGUUGUGGCCACGAAGCAGGGCAAUGCUGUGACCCUGGGAGACUAUUAUCAGGGCCGGAGGAUCACCAUCACAGGAGAUGCGGACCUGACCUUUGAGCAGACGGCGUGGGGGGACAGUGGUGUGUAUUACUGCUCGGUGGUCUCAGCGCAGGACCUCCAGGGGAACAAUGAGGCCUACGCAGAACUCAUCGUCCUUGACUGGCUCUUCGUGGUCGUGGUCUGCCUGGCCGUCUUCCUUGUCUUCCUCCUCCUGAGCAUCUGCUGGUGUCAGUGCUGCCCACAUACCUGCUGCUGUUAUGUCAGGUGCCCCUGCUGCCCGGACAAGUGCUGCUGCCCAGAGGCCCUGUAUGCUGCUGGCAAAGCAGCCACCUCAGGCGUCCCAAGCAUCUAUGCCCCCAGCACCUACGCCCACCUCUCCCCUGCCAAGACCCCACCCCCGCCAGCCAUGAUUCCCAUGGGCCCUGUCUACAAUGGGUACCCUGGAGACUUCGACAGAAAUAGCUCAGUUGGCGGCCACAGCUCCCAGGUGCCCCUGCUUCGGGACACGGAGAGCAGCAUGACCUCUGAAGUCCGCAGUGGCUACAGGAUUCAGGCCAGCCAGCAGGAUGACUCCAUGCGGGUCCUGUACUACAUGGAGAAAGAGCUGGCCAACUUUGACCCUUCCCGACCUGGCCCCCCCAAUGGCCGUGUGGAGCGUGCCAUGAGUGAAGUCACCUCCCUCCAUGAGGACGACUGGCGAUCUCGACCUUCCAGGGGACCUGCCCUCACUCCAAUCCGGGAUGAGGAGUGGGAUCGCUACUCCCCCCGGAGUCCCAGGAGAUGGGAGCAGGACCCCCCUGCAGAGCAGGCAAGGGGUGGCUGGGGAGCCAGGCGGCCCCGGGCCCGCUCAGUGGAUGCUCUGGAUGACCUCACCCGGCCGGGCUCUGCUGAAUCAGAGAGAAGGUCUCCCCCAAGUAGUGGGAGGAGAGGCCGGGCCUACGCACCCCCCCGAAGCCGCAGCCGUGAUGAUCUCUACAACCAAGACGACUCGAGGGACUUUCCACACUCCAAGGAUCCCCACUACGAUGACUUCAGGUCUAGGAACCGCCCUCAUGCUGAACCCAGGUCCUACUACCACCGGUCCCGGGACCCUCAAGACAAUGGCUCCAGGUCCGGGGACCCCCAAUAUGAUGGGCGGCUACUAGAAGAGGCAUUGAGGAAAAAGGGCCCAGGGGAGAGGAGGAGACCUUACAGAGAAGAAGAGGAAGAAGAGGCCUACUACCCUCUGGCGCCUCCCCCUUACUCUGAGACCGACUCCCAGGCAUCACGUGAGCGGAGGCUUAAGAAGAAUUUGGCCCUGAGUCGGGAAAGUUUAGUCGUCUGAUCUCACGUUUUGUAUGUAGCUUUUGUACUUUUUUUAAUUUGAAGGAAUAAUGAUGAAGCAGUUCCCUAAGUCUAAUAAAAUUUGUAAUC